AUGCUGAUGCAGAGGGAGCAGCAGCAGAAGCAGCAGCAGCAGCAGCAGCAGCAGCAGCAGCAGCAGCGGACCGAUUCUCUCUUACUAGCCGAGCAAACAGCAUCACCAGCACUGGCGCUGGCAGCAGCCGCAACAGCAGCAGCAGCAGAAGCAGCAGAAGCAGCGGAGAAAACAGCUGCAGAAGCAGCAACAGAAGCAGUAACAGAAGCAGCAGCAGGAGCAGCAGAAGAAGCAGCAGAAGAAGCAGCAGCAGAAGCAGCAGAAGAAGCAGCAGCAGAAGCAGCAGAAGAAGCAGCAGCAGAAGCAGCAGCAGAAACAGCCUCAGCAGCUGAGCUCACAACAACAGCAAACGCUCAAGGCCAACUAAAUGAAGAAGCAAAAGAAGCAGCAGCAGCAGCAGCAGCAGCAGAACCUGCUGCAGCUGCUUCUGAUGCAGAGGAUGCAGCAGCAAACACAGAUCUCGAAUCAGCACCGGAAGAAAAUGACGAAAUCCUUAAAGCAGCAGCAGCAGCAGCAGCAGCAGCAGCAGAGGCGGCAGCAGGUGGUGCCCAGGCAGCAGCAGAAACUCCAGACGCAACAGACACAGAAGAAAAAGAGAAUAAACAAAAGCAGGAAGCAAAUGCAGCACAUGCUGCUGCAGCAGCAGCAGCAGCAGCAGCAGCGGCAACAGCAACAGCAGCGGAAGCGGAAGCAGUGCCGGCGCCAGCUGAAGCCUCUGCAGCAUCGCCACCCACAGUUGCCGCAGCAGCACCUGCUGCUGCUGCUGCAGCUGCUGCUGCAGCAGCUGCAACAGAAACCCAAAAAGAGCAACAGCUAGCUGAAAAAUCCGCAGCUGCAGCAGCAGUACCUGGAGCAGCAGCAGCAGCAGCAGCAGCAUCGGCAGCAGCAGCCGCAGCAAUAAAGAGUGGAGUGGUGAAUGCAAGUAGAAGGGCAACGGUCCUUAAAGGGGAGGCAGCAGCAGCCACUGCAGCAGCGGGAGCAGCAGCAGCAGCAGCUGCAGCAGCUGCUGCUGCUGCCGAUGUGCAAGCUGUAGCAGCAUCUGCAGCAGCAGCAAAAGCAAAGGCAUCAAAGGACGAAGCAAUCAACAUAGCAGCUGCAGCGGAAGCAACUGCAGCAGAGGCAGCAGCAACUGCUGCACACAGGGAAGCAGCAACAACAGCAGUUACGGCAGCAGCAGCAGCAGUUGAAAAGUGCAGUCGUACCGCAAGCAUUACAGCAGCAGAAGCUGCUGCUGCAGCUGCCAAGGCAGCAGCUGCAGCAGCAGCUGCUGCAGCAGCAAAGGCGAGACAGGCAGAGACAGAAGCAAUUGAUAUAGCUGCUACCGCAGAAGCAACAGCAGCAGCUGUUGAAGAAGAUGCCACUGCAGCAACUGCACCAACUGCAGCAACAGCAGCAGCAGCAGCAGCAGCAGCAGCUGAAGUAAUACCCUUAGAGGACAGAGAGGCAGCAGCAGAAAGGCAGCCAGCAGCAGCAGAUGACGAAACUGAGGAUGCCGUCGCAGAAGCAGCAGAAGCAGCAAAUGCAAGGGCAGCAGAGGCAGCAGAAGCAGCAGCAGCAGCAAGUGCUGCAGCACAGGCAGCCGCAGCAACAGCUGCAGCGGCAAAUGACGAGGCAGCUGCGAAUGAAGCAGCAGAAGAGGCUGCUGCUGAAGCGGAUGCUGCUUCUGCUGCUGCAGCAACAGAAGCAGAAACAUCACAGGCUAAUGUAUCUGAAUGCCUAAGUGCAGCAGAGGAGGCAGAAGAAGAGCCGACAGCAGCAACAGCAGCAGCAGCAGCAGCAGCAGCAGCAGCAGCAGCAGCAGAAGCAGCGGCGGAUGUACCUACUGAAGGUACAGUGGCGCAUAGGAUGCCAGAAGAAUCAGAGAGUAAUGAGCAAGAGCGAACUGCUGCAGCAGCAACAGCAGCAGCAGAAGCAGCAGCAGAAGCAGCAGCAGAAGCAGCAGCAGAAGCAGAAGCAGCAGCAGAUGCAGAAGCAACAGCAGAUGUGCCUGCUGAAGGUACAAUGGCGCACCUAAUGCCACAAGCAACAGAGAGGACUGAGAAAGAACGAACUGCAGCAGCAGCAGCAGCAGCAGCAGCAGCAGCAGCAGCAGCAGCAGCAGAACCAGAAGCAGCGGCAACAGCAUCUGCUGCUGACGCUGCAGCAACAGCAGCAGAUGCUGCAGGCGCUGAGAUAGAAGAAGCGGAUCCGCAGGAAAAUGGCUCAGUUGACUCCGAAGUUGCUGCUGCAGCAGCAGCAGCAGCAGCAACGAGCAGUAGGCCUGAAGACGAAAAAGAAGCAGCAGAGUCAUCAGCAGAAGCAGCAGAAGCAGCAGCAGCAGCAGAAGCAGCAGAAGCAGAAGCAGAAGAAGCAGAAUCAGAAGCAGCAGACGCAACAGAAUCGACAGAAUCAGAGGCAGCAGAGGCAGCAGCAGCAGCAGAAGCAGCAGGAGCGGAGGAAGCAGCAGAAGCAGCAGAAGCAGCAGAGGCAGCUGCGCAAGCAACAGAAACAGCAGCAGCAGCAGAAGCAGCAGAGACAGCAGCAGCAGCAGCAGCUGCACGAGCAACAGAAGCAGCAAUCGCACAAGAAGCAGCAGAAGCAGCAGAAGCAGCAGAAAUGGUGGAAGCAGCAACAGCAGAGGAUAUAGCGGAAGCAGCAGAAGCAGAAGCAGCAGCAGCGGCAGCAGCAGCAGCAGCAAAAGGACAAAAAGCAGCGGAGACUGUAUCUGACAACGGAGAAGCCCAAGCAAGAGCAGCAGCAGCACCAGUGGCAAGAGCAUCAACAUCAGCAGCAGCAAAAACAGCGGAAAAGUUAGCAGCAGCAGCAGCUGCUGCUGCUGCUGCAGCAAUGGCCGCAGCAGAUGCGCGCCUGCGUGAAGCAGCAAAAGCCCAAAAAGAGACGGGAGAAACAGCAGAAAUCGCAGCAGCAGCAACGGCAGGAGCAACGGCAGCAACAGCAGCAACAGCAACAGCAGCAACAGCAGCAACAGCAGCAACAGCAGCAACAGCAGCAACAGCAGCAGCAGCAGCAGCAGCAGCAGAAACAACAGCAGCAGCAACAGCAGCAGCAACAGCAGCAACAGAGCCAAGUCAAAAUGAGGAAGAAAGCCUGGCCUCUGUGCUCUCUGUGAAGGAGACGAUCAAACGUGGAGACAGUGCAGCAGCAGCAGCAGCAGCAGCAGCAGCAGCAGCAGCGACAGCACCGGACCCGGCAGCUUCAGCAGCAGAAGCUGUUGAGGCAAGUUUGCAGCUGGUGUCUUCUGCUGCUGAAGCAACUAUUGGAGCGCGGCGGCGGGUCUCCGAGGCAGCAGCACGUGCUGCUGCUUGUGCUGCUGCUGCUGCUGAUAAGUUCAGGGAGACAGCAGCAGCAGCGCAGCAAUGCAAGGUCACGGAGCAACGCUGUGCUGCUGCAGAAGAGGCCGCAGCAGCUGCUGCAGCACAGACAGCAGCUGCAGCAGAGGAAUCUGCUGCGCUGCUGCUGCAAACCACAGAAGCUGAGAACAAGGUGCAGCAGCUUGCUGCUGCAGCUGCUGCUUCGCUUCGGGAGGCUGAAGAAGCAGCAGUUGCUGCAGGCGCUGCCGCAACAGAUGCGCAGCAGCAGCAGCAGCAGACGCAUGCAUGCAAAGAAGCAGCAGAGGCAGCAGCAAAGGGGGCCGGCGAUGCUGCUGCAGAAGCUUCUCGUUUGCUGGAAGAGACGCAGCAGCAACAAAGUGCUGCAGCUGCAACAGCAAAGGAGGUACAGGCAGCGGCUGCAGCAGCAGCUGCAGCAGCGACAGCAGCAAGAGCUUCAGCAGCAGCAGCCAAGCAGGAGGAGGCGCUGCUAAAGGAGAUUGCUUCUUCAGCAGCAGCUGCUGCUGCAGAGGUGCAGCAGCAUGCAGCUUCUGCCCGUCAGCACGCGGAGUCUGCAGCAGCAGCAGAGUCCGCAGCAGCAGCAGCAGCAGCAAAAGAAGCAGCUAGUACUGCUGCGCUGCGGCUGCAGCAAACAACAGAUGAUGCCAUUGCAAUUCAAGCUAAAUCCGCGGAGACGCAGGAAGCAGCAGCAGCUGCUUCCAAUUCUGCUGCUGCAGCAGCGCAUCACUUAAGAGUCUGUGCUGCUGCGGCGAAGAGCUCGCAGCGCUUUGAAAAGGAUGCUGCUGCUGCUGCUGCUACGGCGGAGCAGCAGCAGCAGAAUGCAGCAGCAGCAGCAAACGACAUCGAAACGCACAGGCAGCAGGCUGCUGCUCACUCUGCAGCAGCACAGAAGCACUCGAGCAGUGCUGCUGCCGGGGCAGAAGCAGCGACGCAGCAUGUAGCAGCAGCAGCAGCAGCAGCUGCUGCUGCUGCUGGGAAGUGCCAGCAAGCUGAGGAAUCGCAGGAGCUGGCGAAGACAGCAGCAGCAGCAGCGCAGGAAGCGCUUGAUGCUGCCAAGGAGCUUGUGUCUGCCGUUGAGCAGCAGCAUGCUGCUGCAGUUGCUGCUGCUGCUGCUGCUGCUGCUGCAGCAAGAGCCACGCAGCAGCAAGAAGAGUGCAUCAGCUUAGCGGCUGCAGCAGCGGCAGAAGCAGCAGCGCAGCUGCAGCAGCAAGCCAAGAAUGGCGCGGAAGCACAAUGGGUGUCUGCUACCUCUGCUGAAAUGGAGGCCCAAAAAGCAGCAGCAGAAGCUGCUGCUGCUGCUGCUGCUGCUGCGCAGCAGCAGCAGCAGCAGCAGGCACAGGAAGCAACAGAUGCCGCGAAGAAGACAGAAGAGGCAGCUAAGCAAGGAGAUGCUGGCGGUGCAGCUGCUGCUGCAACUGCUGCUGCAGUUCCUGCUGCAGCUGCUGCUGCACUUAGUACGGGGCAGCAGCUUGCUCCUGCCGAUGCUGCUGCUGCCGCUGCUGCUGCUGCUGCUCAAAGAGGCCAACCGCGACAGGACAUGGAGGAGACUCUAGCAGCAGCAGCAGCAGCAGUUGCUGCCACUUCUGCUCAAACGCAGCAGCACCGAGAAGCAGCUGCAGCACAUGCUGAAGCAGCACAAAAGUACAAAGAGACAGCAGCACACACAGCAGCAGAGUUGCAGCAGCAAGUUCAGGAAGCAGCAGCAGAAAUACGCGAGUGGGAGUCCGCAGCUGCUGCUGAAGUGCAGGCCCUGAAGCAAGCAACAGCAGCUGCUGCUGCUGCCGCCGCUGCUGCUGCACAACAGCAGCAGCAAGCGAUUGAAGCAGCAGACCGUGCUAAUAAAGCUGCUGCUGCAGCACAGGAAGCUGCUGCAGCUGCAGCUGGAUCUGCAGCCGACAUGGAGCAGCAACGCCUUGCAGCAAAUGCAGCAACUGCUCCUGCUGCUGCUGUUGCUGGAGCGGCUGCUGCUGCUGCAGGCGCCGCAGACGCUGCUGAUGAAGAGAAAAGGGAGAAGCAGCUGCAGCAGCUGCAGCAGCUGCAGCAGCUUGCUGUAGAGGCAGCCGCAGCUGCAGCAGACACGCAGCAGCAAAGGGCCACAGCAGAGUCCGAUGCAGCAGCAGCCCAGCAGCACAAGGAAGCAGCAGCAGAAUGUGCUGCUGCAGCAGAGUCUGCAGCCAUGAGGUGUAUGGCCACUGCAGCACAGCUGCGAAGGCUAAUUGACGGAGCAGCAGCAGCUGCUGCUUCCGACAGGCUGCUUCUGCAGCAGUCUUUCAAAGCAGCAGUAGCAGCUGCAGCACAGUCGCAGCAGCAGGUGGAGGCGCUUCGCGCAGCAGCAGCAGCAGCAGCAGCAGAAGUCAUCAGCCACAGAAACGCCUCAGCUGCAGCACAGGAGGAGGCUCUGACUGCAGCGGCAACAGCAGCAGACGCAGCGGCUGCUGCUGCUGCUGCUGCUGGUGCAGUCCAAACAGCAGGCCGCAUAGCGUCGCGAGGGGCAGCAGCAGCAACUGUUGCUGCUGCUGCUUCUCUCGAGGCCUCUGAGCAAGCCAAAGAAUCCGCAGCCACAGCAGCAGAAACAGCAGCAGCAGCAGCAAAUGCAGCAGCAGCGGAUGCGGAGCGCGACAAAAACGCUUCCUGCGCAGCAGCAGUGGCGGCAGCAGAAGCAGCAGCAGCUGCUGCUGCAGAGAGAGCCUCUGCAGCCGAGGCAGCAGCAGCAGCAGCAGCAGCACAGGCAGCCAGAAGCGAAGAGGCCUGCGUCACUGCAGCACAAGGGGCCCUUGCUUCUGUUGCAGCAGCAGAAACAGCAGUAAGAGCUGAAAGGGUAGCAGCAGAAUACAGCAGCACUGCUGUUGCAGCAGCAGGUCUCAGCACUAGGGGGCCCCUGACGCUGCAGUCCAGCAUGGGGCCCCCAACCGUGGGGGGCCCCCUAGGGGGGCCCCCCGAAGAGGCAGCAGCUUACAGGGGGCCCCCAACAGAGAAGUUCUUGUUGGGUGAGGAUGAGCCUAGCAGCAGCGUGCAAGAACCAUUUGCUGCUGCUGCUGCUGCUGCUGCUGCUGCUGCUGUUGGGGGCUGCGCAGAAGCAGAGCCGCCCUCUGUUGUUGCUUCUGACCAGCGGAAUGGCCGGAGAGGCAUCAGCAGCAGCAGCAGCAGCAGCAGCAACAGCAGCAAAGGCCGCAGCAGCAGCAACGGCAGCAGCCGUUGCAGCCGCUUUGCUGCUCUCUCGACGGAGCCAAGCGGAUGUGAAACAGCAGAAAAUGCGCCAAGCCCGCGACCGCAUGCAGGCAGCAGCAGCAGCAGCAGCAGCAGCAGCAGCAACGGGAGCAGCAGGUGCAACAAGAGCGGUAGCAGCAACACAAACAACAGCAGCAACAGCAGCAGCAGCCAGAGCAGCAGCAGCCACAGCAGCACAACAGGACUGCACGUGGUGAGGCGAAGGAACUCUGCAAGUUCUCAGCAAAAUGAUGCGCCUGCUGCUGCUGCUGCUGCUGCCGAUGCUGCUGCUGCUGCCGACACUGCUGCCGCUGCUCCUGCUGCGCUUUCCACACUGCGAGCCCCGCGUGGUCCUAGGAACACAAGUGCUGCAAAAAGCAGCAGCAGCAGCAGCAGCAGCAGCAGUAGUAGUAGCAGCAGCAGUAGAUGGACUUCACAGCGCUCAAUGCGAAACAACGAAAGCAGCGGCAAGGAGCAGCACGGAGCCGCCACAGUAAAGUGCAGCAGCAGCAGCAGCAGCAGCAGGGCCAGCGCGCCCUCUGCGCUGCAGCAGCCGCAACAGCAUCCGCAGCAACAGCGUCAGCAGCAACGGCAGCAGCAGGUGCAGCAGCAGGUGCAGCAGCAGCAGCAGCAGCAGCACGUGCAGCAGCAGCAGCAGCAGCAGCAACAGCAUGUGGAGCAGCAGCAGCAGCACGUGCACCAACAGCAGCAGCAGCAGCAGCACGUGCAGCAGCAGCAGCAGAAGCACUUGCAGCAGCAGCAGCAGCAGCAGCACGUGCAGCAGCACGUGCAGCAACAGCAGCAGCAAAAUGCAACAAGAGGGGCGGGCUCGUCUAGUCGCUUCAGCGAACAUACCCUGGGGGCCCCCCGUGCAGCUGCCAGAGGCCCCUCUUACCUGGGGCCCCCCGGGGCCCCCCGGGGCCGUAAGGCCCUUGAAGCAGCAGCAGCAGCAGCAGCAGCAGAAGAGAAGCAAAGGAGGCAUGAAAGGCGCACGAACCUUCUUGUGCACUCGAAAGUGUGUGCAUGCACCUAA